AUGGAUGACAUAUAUGAACAAUUAAAAAUUAUUGAUUAUAGCUUAAUAUGUUUUUUACAUAAAUAUAAAAUAAUACAUAAAUACAUAAAUUACAUUCUAAGUAUAUCUCUAAACACAAUAGAUGAUUAUAACAAAUUAAUAAAUAAAAUUUUAUGUCUAUAUAAACAUAAUGUACACAAUGCGGUUCAUAAUAACAUAAAUGAAUUCAAAACAAAACUGGAAAAACAAAAAGAGCAAGACAAAAACAUAAAUGAAAUAAAAGAAAAAUUAAAAAAGGCUGUAAAGUUGACCAAGACAAAUGUAAAAAUUAAAGAUGAUAACCAAGAAGAACAAAAGGUACCAGAAAUAGACCCUCACUUAAAAAUAGAUUUACCUUACAACAUAAUAUCUCUAUAUAAGCUUCGAUAUUAUAAAAAUGCGUUCUUUAAGAACUACUCGACAAUAACAAAGAAUGAUAACUACUUAAACGCAAACGAGCAGAGAAAAAAUUUCCUUUUAAAAUUGAAAUUCUCAGCAAACGUUAGUAAGAAGAAUAACAAUAAAACCGGAAGUGAUAUAUUUCAAGAUGAUUAUAAAAACAUGCUAAGGAUAUUAAAUGAAAAUACUUUUUAUAAUGAAUCUCAAAAACUCAAAGAAAUAUUAAUUAUAAAUAAAUAUUUAAACAAAGCCAAAUAUAUAAUCAAUAAUAUGCCUCAAUUUUUAUGUACCAUAAUUGAAGAGUUUGAAUUAACAGAGUCUAACUUUCAUGAACACAUGUACUUGUUUAUUCUUCUAGCUAUAAAUAAGUGGUUUAAAAAGAUUAUUGGAGAGUGUGAACGAUUUAUUUCAUAUAACAAAGGACAUGCAUACAAAAAAAAUAACGAGACAAAUGAAAUUUAUAAAAGAUUCAAUGAAUACAUGAAUGACAUAUUACAAAGAGGUGCAGAACAGACAGUACUGUUUAAUGAAGAGAAAUGUUUUUAUUGUUAUCCUUCAAAUUUAAAUUUUAAUAUGAACACGUCCUUUUUAACAUAUUAUUUUUUCUAUAUAAAUAAAAGUUUGUUUAAUUUUGUAAGAGGAAUUUAUAGCUAUAGUAUAAGAAAAGGAGAAAAAAAUCAAGAUGCCAAAAAGAAAAAUAAAUUGAUGUUAUUAAAUGAUGAUAAAGAAGAUAAUAGUGUGUAUAUGAAAAGUGAUAUUUAUAAUUAUAAUUUAUAUAAUGAAUAUAGUGAAAUGGAUUAUUUAAAUAAUUUGUGUUUUUACCUGAACAAUGAAAAAAUAUAUCCAAAUAUAUUUUUGAUAUGCAAUUAUUUACUCCAAGAAGAAACGAAAAAUGUAAUGAACAUUAUUUAUGAAAUACAAAGAGGAUCCUUUGAUCUUCUUAUAUUACAAGAUAUUUCUAUAGUUAUACAAUUAGUUUUAAUUUUUUUAAAAAAUUUAAAAAAUGUGUUCAAGGAAGAAAUUAAGAAGGGAAAUUAUCAACUUGAUUAUAUGGAUAGAAAGGAUAAUAUUGAAGAAAUAAAUGAUAAAAAAAAAAAAAAUACUGAUAAAAUAUCUAUAGAGGAAAAAGACCAAGAAAUAGAUGAAAAAUAUGAAAAAAAUGAAGAAUAUGAAAAAAAUGAAAAAAAUGAAAAAUAUAAAAAAAAUGAACAAUAUGAAGAAAAUGACGAAUAUGAAGAUUUUCGUAAGUGUAUUUCUACAACCAUCCUAAAUUAUAGUUAUUCAAAUGACUAUGAUGAAUUAUUAAUUCCUUUACGUUUAAUGUUUUUAAACAUUUUAAAGUUUAUUCAUGUAACUAUCAAAAGUGAAAAUCGAAAAUUUAUUUGUACCUUUUGGCAAAAGGACUAUAUUAAUGAAGAUGCAGAAAAAAUAGAAAAAAUACAAGAUACUGAAAUACAAGAAAUGAAUAAUAUUAAAAUGAUGAGUAAAGAAAAUAUAGAAAAGGAAAGGAAUAUUAUUAUAACAAAUAAAGAAGAUGAACAGACAAAUAUAUUAUAUAAUAAUAAUUCCUAUGAUUUUUUGACCUGUUUAAAAUAUGAAUGUAAUGAAAAUAACUGUUAUCUUUUUAAUCAAAGCAAAAAUAAAAAAAUAUAUCAAAAUGGAGAUGAUAAUCAAAAUAAAAAUCAAAAUAAAAAUCAAAAUAAAAAUCAAAAUAUAUAUCCUCAAAUUUAUAAUAACCAAAAUAUUAAUCAUGUCAUAAAUAAAAGGAUAUUGUGUUAUGAUUUUUACAAAGCAGUUGUAGAUAACUUAAAGAAAGUAAAACAUGAUAUUGAAAAUAAAAAUAACAGAGACAUGUAUACAGGUAUUUUAUUAAAAAAAAGUAAAUAUAAAAUAGAUAAUAAUAAUAAUAAUAAUAAUAAUAAAAUAUCCAAUAUUACUACUAUGAAACCUAAAAAUAGUGUUACCAUGAAGAAACGUAUAACUCAAAGCACCGAAGCAAAAGGGAAAAUUAGUGAAUUAAAAAGUGUGAUUAAAAAUGAUACAAAUAAUGUGAAAAGUAAAAAUAUAAUAAAAGAUUCAGAAAAAAAUAUAAACUCUAAGGUGAUAAAGGUAAAAAAAAAUACAACACCUACUAAGAUCAAUUUAGAAAAAAAUAAAGAAACAUUUGGAAAAAAAUUAACAAAAGUUAAACUAUCUGAUAAAAAGUAG